ACAUGUAUCACUUCAGGGAAAACAUAAACGGCAACGAGACGCCACGAUGUCCCGCCUUCUCUUUUUUCCCAUUGGCUGAAUCCCGGGGUUCAGCCGAUAACCUGUUGCCAGACGUGCGUUCAAUUGGCUCGAGGUCGUGUCCGUCAUAUGUUGUUACGUACGAAGGUAUGUCGGUGAUGUUUAUCAGUGAGUACCUUGAUUGUCCUUUUUUACAAUUGCAUAACACUGUAGCUCGAGUCGUCAAUUAAAUAGAAUAAAAUAGAAUAAAGACAAAUCUCAUAAAUAGAAGAAUAAAACAGAACAUGUUUUAAAAAAUUUGAAUCAAUAAAAGAAAAAAAAAAAAAACACCCCUGCACCGCAACAUGCUCACACUUGUAUGAUAGCACCGCAACUGUUGUGUUAUUUACUGAUUAAUAUUAAGCAGUAGCCUAUAUACAACUGAUAAACAUUAUAGCCUAUUUAUUUUUCUAAUGUUUUUUUGUUUUUGUUUUUGUUUUAAUUAGGCCAAGCAUGGUUAGGUACUAACCUCUCUUUAUUUAUUCAAAACUGCAUACACACGAUCAGUCCAUAUUAGGUUACGUGCUCAUAUUCGUGUUUUUACUCAAAUGUUAGACCAGUUCAGAGAGAUAAAUGACCAGACGGUUACGGUCGGGUCAACCUUUCAUUGGGCAUCUGGUCACAUCAUAAUGCAAAUAUGUAGACCUAGGCACCUGCAGCACCUGCACGCAAAUAAAAGCCUUGCUCUGUGAAAGAAUAAUCGCCGGAUGAUGAAGCUGCUUCCAGACCUCAGCUCAAUCUGUGCAGGUAUAGGUAGUUGGUCACGUGACGUCAAACCUAUGAGUAUUUUGCUCAUCGUGCACUGUGGAGUUAAAGGAGCCAAAGAGGCGCAUGCUCAGUGCGCACUGUCACCUGGGACCUGUUGCUCGGCUGCGGCUGUCACUGCCUUUGUUUUAGAUUUUAAAGAUGCUUCUCUUUAUCCUUCAUCUUAAUGGACGUGUAUGAUUCGCUCCAGACCUGCUGUAACCAAGCCGGAUGAAAACACUAAAACAAAAAGAGGACACCACAAGUCGCUGUGUCUUUUAUCUCAGUCGGCUUAACCAACGAAAUACGGCCACACACUUACGGAGUCCCAAGGAGAUGCUGACACUAUGGAAGCAGCUCCAGAAUCUGCCCGGUCAGUGCUGAGGCUCGUUUGCCUACCAAAUAGGGUACAUUGAGCACCACCGCGCUCAUUUGGAAAACGUGUGCAUCUUCGUGACUUAAUCCUCAUGUCAAGCAGGUGGUACCCUGUGAAGGUCAUAUACAAAGUACUGUACCUUUCUUCCAAUGAGUUAUGUAACACUGAGGAGGACACUGAUCUACCUCAAAGGUACUUUUAUUAUGAAGGCAUCACACAGUAAGGGCACACACUUUUUAAAUCAGUACAGGUAUGUAUUUGUACCCUUUCAAUUUAAAGAACAUUUUAUUUUACUACCUUCUAAAGAAAAUAUAAUACCUUACAUGUUGUUUCAUAAUAUUUGAAGAGAAUACUUUAGAUAUCUUUAUACUAUGUUACAAAUUGUCACAAUUACUAUAGACAAAACGCUACAAUGAUUAUUUUCUUCUCAUCUGUUAUUGAGAAUGAAAUGACCGACUCAGGUAAUGUUACCCAGUUAACUACGAUUUUGGAAGGGGGGCACCCUGAUAGGCUGAGUCCUUGCUGCAGAGGCCAUGGGAUCAAAUCUGACCUGUGGCCCUUUGCUGCAUGUCAUCUCCCUUCUAUCUUCCUCUUUCCUGUCUAUCUUCAGCUGUCCAAUCUAAUAAAGGCAUAAAGCCCCAAAAUAAGGCAGAUGCUUUUUUUGCUGUCCUCAUGGGCUCCACCAAAAAAAUUAUGAUGCUCAAGGGUAAAUAAAUGUUUGUCUCUAAAAACAUAAUUUUAUUGAAUAUCCUAAUUUAUUUAUUUUGCUUAUGGCAUUAUAAUGCAAUUCUGUUUUAGUUGCAACAAUAUUUAAAGUGGGAUUUAACUCAUCCAGCCAUGAAAAUUAAUAAGCCACCAGCUUUGCAUCAACAGCCCAUUAAUCAAAUUUAAGUGAUUAUUUACUAAUUACGGUCUAAUCUUUGUAGAUUUCAUCACUUCAGCCAUGUAGCUGCAUCAUACUACAGUACACUAAUUAAAUCCGCAGUUGUGUGUAUCAUAAAAAGAUACUGAAGAGAGUAUUUUAUACUCCACUUCAGUCAUGGUCACAAAAAAGUGCACUGGUUUGCAUGUGGCUGUUUAAACAAAGAUAGAUGAUGUGAAUUUCCAUCUCUGCAUUAUGCUUUUGGUUAUUUGGCUAUUUCUACAUACACACAGGUCUGUGCAUGUUUGGAGGCAAAUUAAAAGGGAAAAUGUUUGUUUGUCACUAUUAACAAGGCAAGAGAUUAAUGUAUUCAUUAUAUUUACCAAGACAAAAGUAAAUAUAUUUUGCAUCUGUUUUAGCCAGACAGAGUUACAUUAAAAAAAAAGAAACUACGAGAACAAACUACAUUUGCCCUGCUGGAAGACCAAUGGGAGGAGAUGGGAAAUGAGACCCCAGGAGAUGAAUCUCCUCCAGGGAGAAUGCAAGCAGAAAAACAGCAACAAAAAGAUCAGACACAGACUGCCAUUGUAUUCUAAAACAGUAAAUUAUAAGUCAAACAGUAAUUCUUAAAUUACAAAGGUGAAAUAUGUUUAGAGAACUGAAUGCUUCCCUUCUCUGCUCCCUUCUCUUUAUUGUAUUAAAACCUAUUCUUGUCUGGUCUCUAUAAUUGAUUUUAGCACUAAUAGGCAGACAGUGGCUUCAAACUAAUGUGGUUGCAGAAGAAGAUAAGUGUAUCUAAGAACCAUAGGAGAAAGAAUAUUGAGCUGCUGAGCACUAAAAAGGAAAUGGAGUGUUGGAGGCAAGGUGAAAUAUAUUUUGAUGUUAAAUGUAACUACAUACCAAAGCCACUUUGAACAGUUUUUAAUGCUUUCUGUCUUUUUAUCUGGACCAAUUGGACAAAUAAAAUCAAAACUAGUAUCUAAAAAAGGGGGGUACCAUUGUAGGUAAGUGAUUACAGCUGUGAAUGGACACCUUAAUUUAAAGACAUGACUUUGAGUGACAUCUAGUGUUAAACUCCUGCAAAUACAGGGGGGUUCCUGAAGACAGGAAUGAUCCAGUGACUUCGGCACUCUUGAGUAACAGCCCCACCCAGUGGAGAGCUGUGGUAAUGACAGGAAACUUCCUGAAGCUUCUGGAGCUCCUCCAGUCAGAAUAUAAAACCUGGGACAGUCCCACUGCUGAGACAGAAAGCAACACAGAAGAGAACAGACACUUUAACAGCGAUUCAUCUCACAACAAGAGGACUCAACACUAAACACACAGUGAAGAUGCUGUGCUCUCAUGGAUUCCAGUCUGCCCUCAGUCCAUUCAUGGACUUGUACUGGCCUGUACGCAGUCUGUGGCCAGAGGUCAGACCUCUGCUCCACCAGCAGGAUCUACUGCAGAGAAACCUACAGGAGCUCUGCAGCAGUCUGGAGCUGAUGGACAAACUUCAACACAAGAUCCUGGAGGAGACGGAGCCUUUCCAAACCAGCGUGGCCGUGCAACCGCUUUCCUACCAGCUGGAGAAAGAGGGAGAGGACUUUGGCCUGACCCUGGACACUCAAGGCUUUUCCCCAGAGGAGCUGUCCAUCAGGCAGGUGGGCAGGAAGCUGAGAAUCAGCGGGAAGACAGAGAAGAAGCAGGAGGACGAGAAAGGCUCCUACUCUUACAGCCGGCAGGAGUUCAGACGAGAGUUUGAUCUGCCUGAAGGACUGAACCCUGAAGCCGUCACCUGCUACCUGGCUCCAGACGGGAAGCUCCACAUCCAGGUGGCCAAAGCUCCACGUGUUGAGGAGGCUGAGAGAGAGCUGACUAUCAAGAGGAGCUUGGAGGAGAAAACACAGCAGAGUGUGUGUUCACAGGCAGAAGGCAGCAGCACAGAGACACACAACAGCACACAAACCUGAAGACGUGGACUCAUCUCCAUCUUGUUCUAACAAUGUAUAGUCAAUGUGUUUAAAUUAUAAUUAUGUAUUUUUUAUUUGUGUAUAAUCAAUAAAUGUACUGAAACUUAAA